UCCUUCUAUCAAAUAUGAAUGAGUCCAUAAUAUAAAAUUAAAUGAUAUUAUAAGAUGCACUAAAAGCGGAACUCUUCAAAACAUUACCUUGCUUAAUAAAAAUAUAUUUUGAAAUCUGGUUCAGAAAGGAGUCAACCGAAUAUAUAAUGUUAAAGAAGACAAUGAACACCUGUAAGAUCCUCUAACAAAGUUUUAAUAUCUGAGAAUUAUUUAAGGGAUGAGGUAUUUUGAAUCAACCUUGAUGGACUGAGAUCAUUAGGUCUAAGAUGUAGUUUAAAUUGAAAAUUCAAAAUAUGACCUGCAAAACUUAUGUUGGUUUAACUCUGAUCCUUUAUGUUCAAUGGAUUUAAAUAUUCUACAGAUCUUUCAAACCCGUCUUCCA